AUGCGGUGCUUUACUGUUGGAAUUCUUGUUUUCUCCCUUCUUCUUCAAAUUUGUCAAUCAUCGCCUGUUCAUAGCAUCUGGAACGUACUGCCAUUAUCUCCAGCAAAGCGUAUGUAUGGACUUUAUCAGCAUCUACCACAGUAUGCUCCAGCUAAGGAUUAUAAGGACAAACGUACCCACUUCCUGUUACCCCCUAUACCAUACUAUGAGUAUGAAGAUUGA